AUGGAUUCCUCCAUUUGUAUUGUCCUUUUUUCAUGUCUUGUCAGCCAAGUACUUAGUGCCCCUCUUCAGGAAACAGAAUUAUCCCCCACCACCACAGAACAGAAGGAUCUCUUUGGCCAGGGCGAUAUCUUCAGCAGGAUCACAAAAGCCAACCAAGGAAGCAGAAUGCGGCGGAUUUAUGGGGACAUCGCUGUUGGGGUCUCACGUAGCGCCCUCAGCUGCACAGAUUGCUUAUGGCAGAAAACAAACGGGACAGUGUAUGUGCCGUACACACUGGAUGGACAGUACAGUAAAGAUGAAGUCAACACAAUCACGUCAGCUAUGCAAGUGUACUCCACCUUGACCUGCGUGCAGUUCAUCCCUUACACGAAUGAAGAUGAUUAUGUCUCUAUAGCAUCUGCCGAUGGCUGUUGGUCCUUCAUGGGCCGGCAAGGAGGUGGCCAAAUGGUGUCUGUACAGAAAGGUUACUGUACCUCCGAAGGAACGACCAUGCACGAACUCAACCAUGCCCUGGGCUUUGUCCAUGAACACUCCAGGAGCGACCGGGAUGACCAUGUUAACAUCAAGUAUCAGUACAUCUCACCAGGUGACAUUGUCAACUUUAACAAAAUGGAUACCAACAACCUUGGCACACCAUACGACUACCAAUCUGUCAUGCACUACCCACCGUGGGCUUUCAGUAACACAAGUGGAGAAAACACUAUCGUGGCCAAGCCUAAUCCCAAUGUAACAAUGGGACAGGGAAACUCAAUGACCAGCUUGGAUAUUAUGAAGAUAAAUCGACUUUAUAAAUGUGAUGUCUGUAGUUCUUUCCUCAAUGAUGCCAGUGGAACGAUCAACUCAACCAAUUAUCCAUCCACUUACCCCAAUAAUGUCAAUUGUGUGUGGGUCAUCCAGACGCCGUACGAUUUGGUAACCCUGACGUUUGAUGCCUUUGAUCUCCAAAAUUCCCCAAACUGUACCUCUGACUACAUUAGAGUUUAUGAUGGGCGCAGCAGAAAUUCCCUACUACUGCUAGACAGAACUUGUGGGUCUGAACCUGUUCCUGCUCUGAUCGCCUCAACAAACCUGGUGUUAGUGGAGUUUGUCAGUGGCGAUAACAAGAAAAAGACUGGUUUCAAGGCCUCGUACAGUACAGUGAAAUGUGGCGGCACUUAUUUCACCCCAUCAAGGCGCAUCACUUCCCCCGGAUACCCCAACGCCUACCCUCCUAAUAGCAACUGUUCUUACAUCAUCACUGCUCCGCCUUCCCAUAAGGUCUCACUGAGCAUGACCAGCUUCUAUACAGAAUUUAGCCGCACAUGCAAAUAUGAUUACCUGUCUGUAUAUGAUGGGAAUUCCAGUAAGAAUCCCCUCCUGAACACAUUCUGCGGACCCCUCUUCUCUCUGUCAGCCACCUCCACUGGUCCCAACAUGUUCCUCAGGUUCAUCAGUGAUAAAUCAGUACAAGUGACCGGCUUUCUGCUGUCAUACAGUUUUGUUCCUGUAUCCUGAAAUUCAAGUCACAAAGCAAAUCCGACUCCCCCUGGUGAUUCAUUUGUCAUUCAUAUUGCAUCCUAAACCUUGCCUUUAUUUCCCUAGCUGAGCAAGACACAUAGAAUUAUGAUGUUCUGACCAUGUUUCAUAAUUCUAUUUUGUAAAGGGAUACCAUCGUCUGAAAUUUGCAUUUCUGUUUUGUUUUAAUGCACAUCUAAUGCCGUGGGGUUUUCUGUUAUAUAUACUGUAUUCAGCUUGAUAACAAAGAUAUCCAGCAGUGAUGCAAAAAAAGUAGAUCUCUCACAAAACAGCAGUCCUGCCCUGCUUUAUGGCUGAGAUUCUGGCCAUCUUUAUAACGGAGCAUUCAGACCAGUGAAUGAAAACAGAUAGCUAGAAUAUCAGCCAUAAAGCAGGGCAGGACUGCUGCUUCCAAUGGGGAUCAGAUAGGAUCUGUGCAGCCACUGGGACAGAAUGCUCUGUUAUAC